CGCUCUUGUUCCCCUGGAAACUCUUAUGAAGAAAACAUGGGUAUUAUUCUCAAAGAUUCCUCUGGUACCAUCACUACCCCAGGAUUUCCACAGGGCUAUAACUAUAGCCUGAUCGGUGAAUGUUCAUGGAAGAUUCUUGCACCUGCGGGAAAUGUGGUACGAGUUGAUUUUAUCUCCUUUAGCUUGGCCAAGUAUGACUAUGUCACAAUUGCGGAUGCUCUACCUGGGUGGAAUUUAGAUCAGUCGAUCAGGCUUUCAGGUCAAAAAGCUUCGUUUACAGUUUUCUCCAUGGGUAACGAGCUGAGCAUCAAUGUCUUCAGUUUUUAUGGUACAAGUGGCCCAGGAUUUGUUGCAAAUUUUACAUCAGUUCCUUCAGGUAAGAACCCUACUCAAUCAAAGGACCACUGUCAAGGGGACAGUAUAAGUGAAACCUACGUAGAAACUGACAUAUUUUCACGUUUGUCAGUGGAUAGCUACAUGUAUUAUCUGUAUGAUCAAACAAAUGGUUUCAGGUCGUUUCGCCCCAAGGUUGAUUCGCCCAAUAGCAGUUUGCCCAGAGAAAGUCGAUUCACCCGAUGUGUAUUUGUCGUUCGUUAAGGCUGAAAAAAGGAAUAUUCGUGGAAAGACAGUGACUGCACAUGUGGAAUCCACGGUUAACUAAAAUAACAUAUCGGAGAACCAUCAUGUUGUAGAGUGUUGUAUGUCGUCGUGCGAAUCGACUUAAGUCCUGGCAAACGCCAUCGGGCAAAUCGACUUUCGGGCGCUUAAAGACCGCAAUUCAAGCAAAUAACGCAAAAAUUAUGUUCAUUAAAAAGUAAAGCAUGAGCUGAAGUGCCGUGAGUUUUCGGAAGAGCUGUUUAUAAUCGCGAAAGAGCUGUUUAUAAUCGCAUAUCUCAAUUCUUAGUCGAUAAUGACAUAUUAUUUAAACAUCAAUUCUGUUUUCGUCCUGGCUACUCUACUUCCCCCGCUUUGAUUAAUGCUGUGAACAAAGCUGCUAACGCCGUUGACUGCCAAAAAUAUUCAGCCGGAAUAUUUCUUGACUUAUCUAAAGCCUUUAAUACCCUGGAUCAUGAAAUACUACUAUCAAAAUUGGAAGCAUGUGGCAUCACUGGGACAGCCCAUCAAUGCCGGGAUAACUGACUAUUUUCGUAAGAGAAUGUAAUAUGUCUAAAUUGACGAUUCUAAAUCCGAUGCUUUAAGACAAAUUUGUGGCGUACCGCAAGGCUCUAUACUAGGGCCCCUCUAUUUAUUAUUUAUAUCAAUGUUCUCCCAGCCUGCUCUAGUUCUAAUGAACUCGAAUUUAUAUUAUUUGCUGAUGACACCAGUAUAUUUUUUGAAAAUAGUGACCUGGAUAUCCUCCCCUCCAUCUUAACGACCAACUCCACAAUGUUUCAACUUGGCUAAAAGCCAAUAAGUUAUCAAUCAAAGUUAAGAAAACAAAACUAAUGAUUUUCAGACCAAGGCAAAAAACGUUACCUAUCACAAGACAGGUGUUAAUUAUUAUAGAAAUAAUGUACUUGAACAAGUACAUAAUAUUAAGUUCCUCGGAGUUUAUAUUGAUCAGCACCUUACGCGGAAAACUCAUGUUAAUUUUAUUGCGGCUAAGAUUUCUAAAUCUGUCGGGUUACUUUAUAAAGCUAAAACUAUUUGCACUCAAAAUCUUUUCUUACACUAUACUGUGCGCUUAUUUAUCCAUAUCUUACCUACUGCAAUUUAAUUUGGGCCUCUUCUUAUGUCACCAACCUGCAACGAAUUUACCUACUCCAGAAAAGAGCAGUCCGGGCGAUCUCUAAGGCUGACUACAAGGCUUCAAGUAAACCUCGUUUUGCGAAUUUGAAAAUUCUUGAUGUUUUUAGUAUCUACUCGCUCCAAGUAAGUUCUUUCAUGUACCUAUAUCAUCAUGACGCUUUACCCAUUGCUUUUACCCAAAUCUUUCAAACUGGAAAUCAGAUUCAUCAAUAUUCAACAAGAUACUCUGAAUUUAACGACCCCACACCUGUAGAACAAAUAUUUAAAAAAAAUCCGAUCCUGUUUCAAGGUCCUAGAAUAUGGAAUUCAUUACCGAACAACAUCAAAAACGCCCCGACUUUUAAUAUAUUCAAGCGUGUGAUCAAACCAUUUUUAAGGGUCAGACAAGAUACGACCUAAAUAUCUUAACACCUUAUUUUUCUCUAAACACACUUAUAUACUUAAAAUACACGUCUUUUUUCUUUAUUUUUAAACUUGCGCCUAGCUGGGGGCAAAUCUCUAUUCCUCAUAAGCUCGGCUUCUCGGAGAUUUCCCCGCCACAGACACCCGUUCAAGUUGUAUGCUCAUUUUAAAUUUAAUAUUAAUUAACCUAUUUAUUACCGUUUUAUUCUACUUGUAAUUUAUUCUGUGUGGCAAAAUAGUAGAAUAAAAAUAAAUAAAGUGAUUAUAAGCAAUCUCUUUCCUAACGUUUCGAGCUUGGAAAUUCACCAGUGGAAUUACAAGUACAUUAGAACCGAGUUUGUAUAUGCUACAGGUAUUACAGGUAUUAUCUUCAAGGGUGUAAGCAUUGAUGAGCAGUUUGAUUACAUACCGUAUUUACUCGAAUAAUAGCCCUGGUGCUUAUUUAAAUUUUCUGCUAAAAGCGGGGGUGGGGGGGGAUGGGGGUGGGGAGGGAGGGACAGAGAGGACAAUGGAUACUCGUGAAUUAAUUUGUGUGUGUCUGGAGAGGGAUGCUCUCUUUAUGCAAGAGAUCGUGAAGCUUUACCCAUUCAGUACUAAGGGGAGAAUGGCAUUGCUGGGAUCACUUUAAUGGUGAGCCGGGAUGCAAGGUUUUAUUGAAUUUUUCUCCAAACUAAGGGUGCGUUUCUUUGGGAGAUCUAUCUCAAAAUCCGGAUUCUUCAAUCCAGGAACGGAUUGCUUUUCUUUUCUAAAAUUAAGGUCUAAAGAAUCAGUGUUCCGAGCGGAUUCAAGUUUAAACCAGAUUUUUGCGAUUCGUGAUCUGUGCGUGAUAUUCGGCGCGGAUCCCAAAGAUGAACACCUAGUAAACUUUUGCAAUGCAAAAAUUGAUGCUGGACUUCAGGGUUCUCAUUAAGUGCUUGCAGCCGGUUAAAAAACCGGCUACUGGGAGGUUUGAGCCGUCUACUUUUUGGGAAAAAAAAAAGGGUUAAGUGAGAGUGAAAGCCUGAAAUUGCCACUGAUGUCCAGAAAUGCACGCAAUGGCAAAACUGAUGGCAAAAGAUGACCAGAGGGCUGGCGAUUCAAGUUACCAAGCCACCUGCUUUUACAUCAUAGCUGUCUACUUUAACACUUAAUGAGAACCCUGGGACUUUUGAUUUCUUUCGAAUGCGAAAAACAGAUCCGAGGAAAAUUUGAUGAAAAUUUUAAUCCUGUAUUGGAUUCUUGAAAUAUGUACUCAAUGAACAUCAUUGUGAGAAUCACUGCUGCAUUGUGGGGCAGGUGUAGACAAUAAUUGUUUCUGAUACAUCUAGCUCCCGCUUGGCAUGGCGGCAUUUUACCGGCUUUCUGAGCUAACUAGGCGAAAGUCUAGUUCUUCUUUCUGUUUCUCUUUGUCAGACAAUGCUACACUCUCUCAAAAGCUUAGAGUUGCUUGACACAGAGUGGGCAUGAGCUGGAACAACCAGAAAUUGCUAACUGAAGUUAAUGAAACUUGCUUUAUAAAUUGCAAAAACAUGUUUGGAUUUUUUAUGUACAGUUAUAUCAGGAACUUGCGACCCAAGACAAGACAGCAUUGUUCAAGUGGAUGGUGACGGACUGACUUUCUCGACCCCUGGCUUCCCCUCAUUUCCAGGAAAGGGUACCUGCACUUGGAAUAUCACAGUACCAAUCGGGCAGUUUAUCAAGUUAACAUUUUGGAAAAAUUAUGGAGAAUGUAAAGAGAAUUAUGUAAACGUUUUCGAUGCGACAAAUUCUACUCGCAUAUCACUUGGAAAAUUCUGCAACAAAUACUUCGAGGAAGUUGUGUUCUCCAAGGGGAACAGUUUGCUUGUUGAGUAUAAUUCUCGGCGCAAGGCCUAUUACAAUGGAUUCUUAGCUACGUAUGAAACUAUCAAGGAGCGACCUGCAGACUAUUCUUGUUUAGGAGAAAAACGUUUUCUGGAAGACGAUCAGGGAGAAUUUGCCAGCUUUUCAUAUCCUCUCCAUUACCCUAAUAACGCCAAGUGUUCCUGGUAUAUUAAUCGCCCGGUUGGAUUUAUCAUUCAGUUAACAUUUUAUUCAUUUAAUCUACAACAAUCCAAAAACUGUGAAGGCGACUAUGUAGAAAUUAGGCAGAGCAAAGACAAUUAUGAAUGGCGUUCGGAGUUAAUUGGCAGAUUCUGUGGUUCUUCCCUUCCUCCAGUUAUUGUGUCCAAUCAAUCAAAUGUGUUCGUAAAAUUUGUUGCUGACAUGUCUAAAAUGUAUCCAGGAUUCCAUGCAAGCUACAAGGUCCUCGCUAACCGUAAGUAUUACUCA